AUGCCGGCUCCAAUGGCAUCAAUAACCACAUUCAGGUUAAUUCGAUCUCAAAGAUUGAAUUAUUCUCCCUUGAAAUAUCGAAUUAGAAUUAAAAAUGGAGGUCUACAGCAGCUCAGGAUGUCGUCUUCCUUCCAGAAUUCACCGGCUGUUAAGGUUCUGUUGUCCCAUGGGACCUCCAAGAAACCCCUGACAAUAUCCACAGGGAAAUUAGCAAAAUUCGCUGAUGGCUGUGGGGUUGUGACCUUCGGGGAGACCUCAGUGAUGGCGACAUCAGUAAGUAAAACCCACUCCUCUGCUACGAGCUCCUUCCUCCCUCUGGUCGUUGAUUAUCGUCAGAAAGCUUCUGCAGCUGGUAGAAUUCCCACAAAUUUCCUUCGACGUGAAUUGGGCCCAACCGAACACGAAAUCCUCACCAGUCGACUCAUCGACAGAUCCCUACGUCCCUUAUUCCCUGAUUCCUACAACUUCGACACCCAGAUAAUGUGCAACAUCCUCGCCAUCGAUGGAGAGAAUGACUCAGAUGUCCUGGCAAUCAACGCAGCAUCAGCAGCUCUAGCCCUCUCAGACAUCCCCUGGAACGGUCCAGUGGGGGCUGUACGAGUUGGUCUACUGGGGAAUGAUGUCCUGAUCAAUCCAACACGUCAUGACAUCCACAAAAGUACUCUCAACCUCAUCGUCACUGCCACCCACCAGAAUCUCGUCAUCAUGUUGGACGGCUGUGCUAAAGCAAUUCUGGAGCAGGAUCUCAAGAAAGCGAUCAAGAUGGCGGUGAAGGAAUGUCAGGGUAUCAUCGCUGGUAUCUCUGAACUAUCGAAAACUCAUGGAAAGACGAAACGAACUCUUGGAGACGUCAGCAGAGUCAAUGAAGACCUGAAGACAGCAGUUCGAUCUCUUUCGGAGAUUAAAUUGCGAGACAUUUUCAUGGAUUACUCCCACGACAAAAUCUCCAGGGACACAGCUCUCAAUAACCUCAGGACCAAUGUCCUGGAGACCAUGAAGAGCAGUGUUCCAGAUCUGGAUUUACCAGCUGUUGUCGAAGCCUUUGGAAUGGUCUCCAAGGACAUCUUCAGGUCUCUGAUCUUCGAGAACGACGUGAGGUGCGAUGGGAGAAAGCUGACGGAUUUACGACAAAUUUCGUGUCAGGUCGACUUGUUCAAGCCUCUUCAUGGCUCUGCCUUGUUCCAGAGGGGCCAGACCCAGGUACUGUGCACUGUAACUCUGGACUCGUUGCAUAGUGCCCUGAAAAUGGAUACGGUGACGAUGCUGACGAGUGGAAUCAAGGAGAAGAAUUUUUUUCUUCAUUAUGAGUUUCCACCGUAUGCUACGAAGGAGACAGGAAGGACUGGGCCCAUUGGGAGGAGGGAGAUGGGACAUGGGGCCCUUGCAGAGAGGGGACUGAGGCCAGUGAUCCCUGAGGACUAUCCAUUCACUGUGAGACUGACCAGCGAAGUCCUGGAGAGCAAUGGAUCCUCCUCGAUGGCUUCUGUUUGUGGUGGGAGUCUGGCACUUCUGGAUGCUGGAGUGCCCAUUGCUACUCCAGCUGCUGGUGUUGCUAUUGGUCUUGUCACCAGGUAUGAUAGGGAGAGGAAGCAGAUUGAGGAUUACAGGAUACUGACUGAUCUCUUGGGAAUUGAAGAUUAUCUUGGUGAUAUGGAUUUCAAAAUAGCUGGCACGAAGAAGGGAAUCACAGCCCUUCAAGCAGACGUCAAAAUUCCUGGUCUUCCUCUGAAGAUCGUGAUGGAGAGCAUCAGUCAAGCUGUGACAGCGAAGAGUGAAAUUCUAGGGAAGAUGAACUCGGUGAUAUCAUCUCCACGAGUUGGUAAACAUAACAUGCCAGUUAACGCGACGAUUGAGGUGCCAGUCCACCAGCGAGGGAGAUUCCUGGGUAUUGGAGGAUCAAAUUUGAAGAAAAUCCUGGUGGAAACUGGAGUCACUAUUCACGCACAAGAGGAGAACGUCUACACUCUUUUUGCACCGAAUGAAACGGCGAUGGCUGAAGCCAAGGACAUGAUCAGCAAGAUUCUAGCUGAGGAAAAAGCCCCGGAGCUGGAGUUUGGGGGUAUUUACACAGCUAAAGUCGUGGAGAUUCGUGACUCUGGAGUCAUGGUCAUCCUCUAUCCAAAUAUGCAUCCAGCACUGCUCCAUAAUUCCCAGCUGGAUCAACGCCUGGUCACCCAUCCCAGUGCUCUCAACAUCGAAGUUGGUCAGGAACUCCAGGUGAAGUACUUCGGUCGUGAUCCAGCUUCUGGGAACAUGCGAUUAUCACGAAAGGUUCUCCAGGGAGCCAGUGGCAUCACAAAAAAUUACACCUCGUGAAAUAGGUUUCUUGUUCUGUAAAUAUUAACCUGUAAAACAAUUUUCUACCUCUGAAGUUGUCCUGGAGAUAAUAAAUGUAAAUAUUUUUAACGACUGGAGAUCCUGGAGGCCAAAUAAAAUAUCAAAUGGUUUCCUUUCCA